CACUUCCUACAGAAGGGACUGCUCCCCUCGGGGACGCAGGGGGCGGGCCGGGCGAGCGGGGAGCCAGGAUUGGGUGGGGGGCGGGGCGGCGGAGGGAUUGCGGCGGCCUUGUAGUCGGAAUAACCUUGAGGCUGAGGCAGUCGGCUGCACGCAGAAGCGACGCGCGCAGAGCCUCCUGACCUCUCUGCAGUGUACCCGCAGCCCGAGCGAGACCACACCGGAGGACCUCAGGAGCCAUGGCAAAGCCUCACAGUGAUGUCGGGACCGCCUUCAUUCAGACGCAGCAGCUGCACGCGGCCGUGGCCGACACGUUCCUGGAGCACAUGUGCCGUCUGGACAUCGACUCGCCGCCCAUCACCGCCCGCAACACUGGCAUCAUCUGCACCAUCGGCCCAGCUUCCCGAUCAGUGGAGAUGUUGAAGGAGAUGAUUAAGUCUGGAAUGAACGUGGCUCGUCUGAACUUCUCUCAUGGAACUCACGAGUACCAUGCAGACACCAUCAAGAAUGUGCGCGCAGCAACAGAAAGCUUUGCUUCUGACCCCAUUCUCUACCGGCCGGUUGCUGUGGCCCUGGACACUAAAGGACCUGAGAUCCGAACUGGGCUCAUCAAAGGCAGUGGCACGGCGGAGGUGGAGCUGAAGAAAGGCGCCACUCUCAAGAUCACUCUGGAUAAUGCCUACAUGGAAAAGUGUGACGAGAACAACCUGUGGCUGGACUACAAGAACAUUUGCAAGGUGGUGGAAGUGGGCAGCAAGAUCUAUGUGGACGACGGGCUUAUUUCCCUGCAGGUGAAGCAGAAAGGUGCCGACUUCCUGGUGACGGAGGUGGAGAACGGUGGCACCUUGGGCAGCAAGAAGGGUGUGAACCUCCCCGGGGCUGCUGUGGACCUGCCUGCCGUGUCAGAAAAGGACAUCCAGGACCUGAAGUUCGGGGUAGAGCAGGACGUAGAUAUGGUGUUCGCGUCCUUCAUCCGCAAGGCGUCCGAUGUGCAUGAAGUCAGGAAGGUCCUGGGAGAAAAAGGAAAGAACAUCAAGAUAAUCAGCAAAAUCGAGAAUCACGAGGGAGUUCGGAGGUUUGAUGAGAUCCUGGAAGCUAGCGACGGGAUCAUGGUGGCCCGUGGUGAUCUCGGCAUUGAGAUUCCUGCAGAGAAGGUCUUCCUUGCUCAGAAGAUGAUGAUCGGGCGCUGCAACCGAGCGGGGAAGCCUGUCAUCUGUGCCACGCAGAUGCUGGAGAGCAUGAUCAAGAAGCCCCGUCCCACCCGGGCUGAGGGCAGUGACGUGGCCAAUGCAGUUCUGGACGGAGCCGACUGCAUCAUGCUGUCUGGAGAGACGGCCAAGGGGGACUACCCCCUGGAGGCUGUGCGCAUGCAGCACCUGAUUGCCCGUGAGGCAGAGGCCGCCAUCUACCACUUGCAAUUAUUUGAGGAACUCCGCCGCCUGGCGCCCAUUACCAGCGACCCCACAGAAGCCACCGCCGUGGGUGCCGUGGAGGCCUCCUUCAAGUGCUGCAGUGGGGCCAUAAUCGUCCUCACCAAGUCGGGCAGGUCUGCUCACCAGGUGGCCAGGUACCGCCCACGUGCCCCUAUCAUUGCUGUGACCCGGAAUCACCAGACUGCUCGCCAGGCCCACCUGUACCGGGGCAUCUUCCCUGUGGUGUGUAAGGACCCAGUGCAGGAUGCCUGGGCCGAGGACGUGGACCUCCGGGUGAACUUGGCCAUGAAUGUUGGCAAGGCCCGCGGCUUCUUCAAGAAAGGAGACGUGGUCAUUGUGCUGACCGGCUGGCGCCCUGGCUCCGGCUUCACCAACACCAUGCGUGUAGUACCUGUGCCGUGAUGGGCCCCAGAGCCCCUCCUCCAGCCCCGUCCGUCCCAUCCCCUCCCCACAACCCAUCCAUUAGGCCAGCAAUGCUUGUAGUGCUCACAUGGGGGCUGUAGUGUGGCCCUGGUGGGGUGGGACACCAGGGAAGAUUAAUGCCUCUAUGAAACACGGCUAUUUUUAAGACCCUGCUCCAGGCUGCCCAUCUCAAGGCCCCACCCAAGCAAGAGAGAAGCAUGGGUGCCGGACUGGAGGCUCCAGAGCUUAACACAGAUGGCAACAGCUCCUGCUUCUCCUCCUUUGUGCACUCCGUUCAGUUCCUGUAGAAAUGGAUACUCAGAGAACCCUGAAGCCUGGGCUGGGGUCAGGAAACAGCCAGCAAGAGAGGGGCCUUCGGGCCUGGGGCAGUGGUUCCAGUUUCCGCCCACUGGCCCUGGCCUUCACUUGCUGCUCCAGCCCCCUCAACCUGCCCCGCUCCCACCUGGAUGUGCACUGUGCACUUGUGUUCCUGCACUCCACUCAGCUGUCGCUGCAGACAAACACUCCAUCCUCCACCUUGGUUUACCCACUCCUGCAGCCACCUCCAGGCCUGUUGCUAUAGAGCCUACCUGUAUGUCAAUAAACAGCAGCUGAAGCA